CUAGGCUGGACCUGCUUAGGCCUUGCUAGCCCGCGCCUCGCUGGGACCGUCGCCGCCCUGGCAGGACAUCAUGCCACAGGAAGAGUGAGCUUUUGACCAUUUUACUAUGGAGGACUCAGGAAAGACUUUUGGAUCAGAGGAGGAAGAGACACACUAUUGGAGAGACCUGGCCAUGACCUACAAGCAGAGGGCAGAGAAUACACAGGAGGAACUCCGAGAAUUCCAGGAAGGAAGCCGGGAGUAUGAAGCUGAAUUGGAGACUCAGCUGCAGCAAAUUGAAACAAGGAACCGGGACCUUUUGUCAGAGAAUAAUCGCCUUCGAAUGGAGUUGGAGACUGUGAAGGAGAAGUUUGAAAUGCAGCAUUCAGAGGGCUACCGGCAAAUCUCAGCCUUGGAGGAUGACCUGGCUCAGACAAAAGCUAUUAAAGAUCAACUGCAGAAAUACAUUCGGGAAUUGGAACAAGCCAAUGAUGACCUGGAAAGAGCCAAACGAGCCACAAUCAUGUCCCUGGAAGAUUUUGAACAGCGUCUGAAUCAAGCCAUCGAAAGAAAUGCCUUCCUGGAGAGCGAGCUGGAUGAGAAGGAGAAUCUUCUAGUAUCUGUACAGAGGUUGAAGGAUGAAGCCCGAGAUCUGCGGCAGGAAUUGGCUGUGCAGCAGAAGCAAGACAAGCCCCGGACACCCGUGCCAGGCUCAGGAGAAGCAGAAAGGACAGACAUGGCUGUGCAGGCCACAGGCUCUGUACCAUCUACUCCCGUAGCUCACCGAGGACCCAGCUCUGGUUUGAACACACCAGGAGUGUUCAGGCAUGGUCUGGACAGCUCCAGUAGUGGGACCCCACUCACACCUGCAGCCCGGAUAUCAGCCCUAAACAUCGUUGGUGACCUGCUUCGGAAAGUUGGGGCUCUGGAGUCCAAACUAGCAUCAUGCAGGAAUUUCGUGUAUGAUCAGUCCCCAAGCCGGACAUGUGGGCCAGCCUCAGGGCGAGGAACCAAAAACAGAGAUGGUGGUGACAGAAGACCAAGCAGUGCCAGUGUGGGAGAUAAAGGGUCAGGAAAACGCUUGGAGUUUGGGAAGCCAGCCUCACAGUUUUCAUCACCAGCGCUGCCAUCCACCCAAGGUGUGGUCAAGCUUUUGCUUUAGGACCAGUGGGAACUUCACCCUCACCUGUCUUCCUCACUUUAUAUUCAGCUUUUAGUUGUUUUCAGUUUGGGAAAUAAGAGCCAGCAUCACCAGCAUUCACUUUGCUAUGCAGCCUAAGCUGACUAAGGACUUGGCAUCAUUCUAUUAUAUGGCCCAGUGUGUGUCCUAGAAAUGAGUUGCCCCCGAAACAGUUCUAAGGUAUGGAUGCAGUUGGCUACCUAAAGUUUUAAUGGCAUCCAGAAGUGUUUUGGCUGAAGCUGUCUUCUGGAACAUUCUCCCAGUGCUUUUAUAGUGUGGUUAAAUUGUAUCUAGGACUGGGAGAUUACAGAGGCAAAAACAUGGCCUUUGACACGUUUUCUUUUUUUUUUGUUUGUUUGGGUUUCUUGAGACAGUAUUUCUGUAUAGCCCUGGAUGCCCCAGAACUCUCUAUGUAGACUAGACUGGCCUUAAACUGAGAGAUCUCUGCCUCUGCUUCCCAUGUACUAGGAUCAAAGGCAUGGGCCACCACUGCCCAGCCCUUUGUUUUUUUUUUUAAUCUGCCUCUCAUGAGGUAUGUCUGCCUCUUAGUGACCUGAGACUAUCCUCUGUAGAUAAACCCUGACUCCUGUCCCGAGUCCCUGCACUGAUGUUGGGGUGACAUCUGCAUUAGAACGGUGGACAACUCAGAGUUGGACUGGCCUUUCUUAAUGCUAUCCCUAAGAACAGGACUUCAUUCAAACACUGGAGAAUAACCAGGUGACUAAAGCAUGAGAUUGAGAUCACUGGCCAACACUCCCUUGGGAUGUGGAGAAAUUAGCACAGGAUCUGCAGCAACAGACUUGGCUCCGGUCUCUGGGUUGAAGUACUGCCCCACGCUGUGGUCCACAAUGAGAAGAGCACAAUAAUUUCCAGAGCUUAGCACCCUUCACUUUGUUACUAACAUAUUUUCAGUAGAUGGGGCGGAACUGACCUCGAGUUAGACCCAGCAUUUUUCAAGUGCUGCUGACAUUCACAAGGUGGUUUUAAGCUGUAUGGCUACUUGUUCCCCUCAGGCAUAAUAACCUGGGAAAAGAUGGACCUUACUUUUUAUAAAAAAUAAAAUAAAAUAAAAAG